AUGAAAAAUUAUACACCGGUAGAAAUCGCAGCGAGUUUCUUUUCGGCCUAUGGUGACCCACGAUCCACCUCAAUAGACUUCUCCCUUGACGGAAAGUAUUUUCUGUCUACCCAUACGGAUGAUGCGAUGAGGCUUGUAGACGUUACCGAAAUUAAACACAAGGAGACGAUCGCCCUCAACACUGUGGGUUUGUGGCGCGCCCGUUUCACGCAGUCGAGUGGCGUUGUGUGCUUAGCUUCACAUCGCCCAUGUGAUGGCCAUUUAUAUCUUCUCAAUCUCAACACUGCGCAGCUUUUUGCUUCCAUGUCAUUUGUAAGUGAUACUGUGCCAGUUGUGCCUGCAAUCCCCAAUCGUCCGGCAUACACCGCUAUAGCGCAGUCUCCAUGCAACGAUACGAUCGCCGCCGUGUUUUCCGCUCAGGGUCGACUGCUUCUUUUCCAUCCCCUCAUUUCGGGAGCGGUAGCGGCUUCAGCAGAAAACACAUUCAUUGGUGGUGGUGGCGCUAUUUCUUUUAGUCCUGAAGGAACGCAGUUGUUAGUGAGCGAUGAUUCAUGUGUUCGCGUGUACGACUAUCGUAAACUCUUCUCUGGGCCGCUGCUUACAUUGCAGCACAACAAAAUGUUACCCCACUGCGACUCCUGCGGGGAACGUCGUUGUAUCGGGAUGGAUAUUGGGAGCGGGGGCGAAGAAUUGCUCCUAACUUACGAGUGUGGUGGAGUUCUCUUGUAUGACCUGAGGCAAAAUGCCGUACGAGGUGCAAAUUUUGGUAUUAAGGGAACCAUUGACGGGAUCAAUUCAAGUUGUUCCGUUGGUGCGAGAUAUGUUCACCCAUAUUUAGGCCACUCGCCCGUGGUUCAGUUGGAUUCCACAUCAGGGAAAGAUACAAGGUUACUCGUAUAUCAUGGUUCUCGGGCAAAAUCGCGAUGGGGGUCAUUACGUUAUGAAAUUCUAUGCGUAGCUGAUGGGGAUCCCAUUGCCAUGAGUGUCAAUCCUCAAUAUUCGAUGGUGGCAACGGCAGCAGGAGGAGUUACGUGGUGGUCUUUUCCUCCACGGUAA